AUGAAUAAAAAAUUUAUCAUCAAAAUUUGUCUUAAAUCACAAGAAACUGUUAUAUUUGCAGAAUUGAUAUGGCGUAAUAAGGAUGUGAUUAUAAUGAGAAAUGCCUUUUAUAAACAACCAGAGUCUAUUGUCUAUUUAACUUUAUCUAUUAAUUUGUCAUAUAUUACAUCAAUAACAAAAGUGUCAGAUGAAGAAUAUAUUAAGUACAAAAACACCAUAUUAAAUGCACCAGGUAAUAAUGGAACAUAUUCUGAUUGUGCAUGUAAAGAAAUAAAUGAUGAAAUAAAAAAUGAAAAUACAGAAGAACAACUACAAAAAAAUUCUGAAAUUUAUAAGUCUAAUAUAAAAAAAAAUAUAAGCAUAAAUAAAGACACUGAAGAUAAAGCACAAAAGACUGAAAAUUUUAGUGAUGAAAAACCAAAAGUUAUUAUCAACAUUGAAAGUGAUGCACAAAAAACAGAAAAUACUAGUGAUGAAAAACCAAAAGUUACUGUUAAUAUUGAACCUAAACAGCCUAAUAUUGACAAUUUAAAAUCGUUACAUCAGCCUAUUACUGCUAAUUCGAAAAUUUUUAGGAAUGUUACAGUAGCAGAAGAAGCUAAAACAUUGGAAGGUAAUAAAGAAGAAGAAAGUUACAAAAAUAAAAAAGAGGAAAAGGUUUUACAAUCAAGUUUGAAAAUUGAACCAUCUAAAAAUGUUUUUAAAGAAAUUAAACAAGAACAAAAAGCUGCUACUGAGUUUAAUAUUUUUGAAAAACAAAAAAAAGACGUAGAGGAUAAAAUUUCAUCGCUUAAUAUCUCUACUAUUAGGAAUGAACAAUCUACACCUAGUCCACAAUCUUCUUAUAAAAAGUCUCAACAACCCUUAAAACUCAAUUUUAAUGAAAAGUCAAAAGGACAAAAAUUUAAUUUAAAAGAUAACAUUUGGAAGACUAAAAAGAUUGAAAAUUCUUAUUCGAAUAAAUCAAAUAAUGCUCCAACAACACCAUUAAUAAAACUAUCUGACAAAUUUAAUAUACAAAAUAAAAAAAAAUAUUUAUCUAACAACAAUGAUGUAUCGCGAAAUAUUACUAUUACUACUAAUCGGAAUAUUAAUAUAAGCUAUAAAGAAAAGAAAUACAAGGAUUUGAAUGCAUUGUUUACAACGUUACAAUCGAAUAUUGAACAAUCCGAAGAUUCAAAAGAUUGGGGCAUUCGAGAUAAAAUUUCUGUGAUUGAAAAAGGUAAAAAAUUAUUUAACGCAGGAAAAAUAAAUUUUUAUGCUAGAAGGUUCUAUUAA